UGAACAUAACGGUUAAAAAUUCGGGAAUCGUUGGCGAAGUGUAAAGUCAACAACAGAAAUAAGAAAUUACCGCUGGAAUAGUAUAAACCAAGCCACUUUCAAGCUCAAUGAGCACGUGUACAGUGAUUAAAUUGAAAAAUUCCUGUAAAUAAAUUAAAGAAAUAGUCGCGUCGCGUCCUGAAAUCCUAGGAGCAUUAGUCAGCACAAAAUAUCAAUAUAAAAUAUCUCAAAAGUGUUUUUUUAAAUUUGAAUUGUGAACUGAUACGGUAAUUUCAUUAUCACAGCGGCAAUCAGUUUUUCUCGUAGAAGAAACAUAGUGAGAGUAUAAGAAAAAAUUACGGCUGAGUAGAUAAACUGGGAAGUGAAGAAACAUAGUCAAGAAUUAUAUCGAACGCGUACGGUAGUGCCGCGCAGAGUAGGGACCGAAACGUAUCAAAUCAACUUUAUGCACAAAGCGUCGCUUUAAGUGUACGAGCAAGAAUAAGAGACUUUCGAAAUAAUAACACCGACCAGCUCAAAUUGCCCCUUUGCGCAGGUUUAAUCAAAUUACGUCACGUCAAGGUCCGUAUCGCAACGCGUCGCGACGUCCAACUGCGUUACUAAAGACAAAAUGUGCCCCAACUGAUAGCCUCGAGAAGACAACCAACAAUCAAGCUAUCUUGGUUGUUCGCCACUUAAGCUCUGAAAUAUUCUAUUUGGAUUAAGUUGACCUUCAGCGCCAAUUGUAGCGGCAGAGCGAAUAUCAUAAAGCGCACACAGUUCAGCACUGUAACUGUUUACUUCCCUGCAUUCGUUUCAAUCAAUUCCGACACAGAGCUUCCAACGUUAUACACAAUGGCUACAAACACGGAAAUACUACCCUUCCAUCAUCACACAACUAUUUCUCUACAAACUGCCGCUGCACUGACCAGCUAUCAUGGUGGUGGCAGUGGUGGCGGCGGCGGCAAUGGUAGUGGCGGUGGGGCCGCUGGUUCCGUACUGCCAAAUGCUACACAACUGGCCGCGGCCGCUUGGAACAUGGAGGACUGCCUCUACCAACAGACUGAACUUCCCGCCCUCACACAGCGCGCACACCAUCUGCUGCGCUUCACGCCCUACGCGUUGCAUCAUCGACCCCAACUGCAGACAUUACCACCCGCGUUGUACCUCCAGCAUGCUGCGGCUGCUGCCGCCGCUGCGGCCGCACAUGCGCAGCAUCAUCACCAUCAUCAUCAUCUGCAGCAUAGGCCGGCGUCGCCGGAGAGUCCAGCGCCUAUCGAGGGUACACACAUCAGCAAUCUCUUCCCCGAAAUACUCGAAAUGAUCUUCCAGAAGUUGUCGGUACGGGAUUUGGGUCGCGCUGCUCAGGUGUGUGUUGCUUGGCGUGAUGCAGCAUAUGCGAAGAGCGUGUGGAAGGGUGUUGAAGCAAAGUUGCAUCUGAAGCGUUCCAGUCCUAGUCUCUUCAAUUCGCUGGUGCGUCGCGGCAUUAAAAAGGUGCAAAUACUUUCGCUGCGCCGUUCGUUAAAGGAUCUUGUACUCGGCGUGCCAUCACUAGUCUCGCUAAAUUUGAGCGGUUGCUUUAACGUGGCCGAUGUGAAUUUGGGUCAUGCUUUCUCCGUGGAUUUGCCGAAUUUAAAAGAGCUGGAUCUUUCGUUAUGCAAACAAAUCACCGAUACGAGUCUCGGACGCAUUGCACAACAUCUUAAGAACUUGGAGACACUUGAACUUGGCGGUUGCUGCAACAUUACUAACACCGGUUUGUUACUCAUCGCGUGGGGUCUUAAAAAAUUGAAACAUUUAAAUUUACGUUCCUGUUGGCACAUCAGCGAUCAGGGUAUUGGUCACUUGGCUGGCUUGAGUAAGGAAACAGCCGAAGGUAAUAUGGAGUUGGAAUAUCUUGGUCUGCAGGACUGCCAACGACUCAGCGAUGAAGCGCUCGGUCAUAUAGCACAAGGUCUAACGUCACUAAAGUCAAUAAACCUGAGCUUUUGCGUCUCCGUCACGGACAGCGGCCUCAAGCAUCUGGCGCGUAUGCCCAAACUCGAGCAACUCAAUUUACGUUCCUGCGACAACAUCUCCGACAUCGGCAUGGCGUAUCUCACCGAAGGCGGCAGCGGCAUUACCUCACUCGAUGUCAGCUUCUGCGACAAGAUAAGCGAUCAAGCGCUCUCACACAUCGCACAGGGACUCUAUCGUUUGCGCUCGCUUAGCCUAAAUCAGUGCCAAAUAACCGACCAGGGUAUGUUGAAGAUCUCGAAAUCGUUGCAAGAACUGGAAAAUCUUAACAUCGGGCAAUGCAGUCGAAUAACGGACAAGGGGUUAGAGACGCUAGCGCAAGAUCUGGUCAAUCUAAAGACCAUCGAUUUGUACGGUUGCACGCAAUUAUCUUCAAAGGGUAUCGACGUGUUCAUGAAAUUGCCGAAGUUGAUAAAACUGAAUCUCGGCCUAUGGCUCGUAAGAUGAUGCGUCUCACGCAGCAUAAAUCAACGAUGCGCCAAAUAUUCUUCGGCGCGACAAUGCAACAAGGUUUGUUUUACGAAUUCGGUAUGGCAGCGCAAAUUCGGAAUUCAAGGUCCUAUGAGCAACGUGGGUAGAGCAGCCAAAGGGUUAGUAAGGAAGAGACCAGCAAGCAGACAAUUUGCAGAUAUUUUCUAACAUAAACACACUUUAAUUUCGGAUGAUUAAGGUGAUCAACCAGCGAAAUCAGCUCAAUCUCUUGCGUCUAAAUUUUGAUCUUGCCUCGCGCCUAAUUGCUUUCUAGAAUACACCACUGCAACCAUGAGUCCGGGAAUAAUGCAACAAAGCGGCAACCCAUAAUUAUGCAAAACACACAUAUGUAUAUGUCUGUCUGCCUGAAUAUAUGGGCGUGUGUGCACACGAAUGUGCACUCGUGCGGCUAGUAAUGUGUAUCGUCAGCAUGCAAACUCGCCAUCGCGCCACUAACUAAAUGCGCGCACGAGGCUCGGCGGCGGAGAUGGGGACAACUGCAACGCCAAGGAGGAGAGGCGGCUUUGAGAAGGGUGCAGAUCGUUGGAAAAAAUUAAAAUACCGACAAAAUAAGAUGAAUAAAAUUAGUAAAAAAACAUGUUCGAAAUAAUAAGAGUGGUACAAUAUAACAAAGCCAGCGCAGACCGACCAACAACAACAGCAACGCAUGCAUGACUUUCGUUUCUCAUAAACACGGCGUGUACUAAAUUUAAAACAGCAAUGAAGAACCCAAUAAAAACGCGAAUAGGAGAAACAUUGAACAAAGUGAAACGAAACACCAACGACCAAAACAAGGCUGCGCCAGCAAGAACGGCAGCAGCAACAAUGGCGAUUAACUUGGACACGAAGUCAGGCACGCAACACAGCGCAGUCCACCAGACAGACAGCGCACAGCAGACCAUGCGGACAGACAAGAACACACACGCUGAAACUCAUAUGUAUGUGCUGCAAGCCUUCAUGUAUGUACAUACGUAUAUCCCUAUGUAUGUGCAUUGGUGUGCGCAUGUGUGUAGAUAUGUAACAGCGCUGGAAUUAUGGCUACUGCGAAGGCUGCUCGCAUGGUUGCCUUGUUGGCUGACGAACGGUGAACCGGAAGGCUCGGCUGGCAUGCCAGUACCUCAGCCAACGCGACUUGACUUGGCACGGCUCGGCUGGCUGGCUGAAUGCAUGGACGUAUGGCUAACCACUUGCCUUGGUUUGCGAUGGCGGCUCACCGCUUUGGUCGCGCUUACUUUGCAUACAACAAACACACAUGCAAAUGUCUGCGUAUGUGCGGCACAUGCUUGUAUGUACAUAUGUAUAUUGGCGAUGCGUGCAGACAGCAAAUAUCGCGGCGGCAAUUUGGGUUGAUAUGGCCGGGAGCUAAGACCUGGAGCAUGAUGCGAGUAGAACACUCGCGUAAAGCAAAUGUAGCGGUUAUCCAGCGCUAUUCGAAUGACUUGAAUUUAAAUCACAACUUUUUGAAAUUAAAAUAUAUAUAAAAUAUACACCAAACCACCACCAACAACAACCAACAAUUCCAGUAGACGAAACAAAAGCAAAUCAGCAACAAACACAGGAAAUACGUAGAUGCAAUGCAAGCAGCAACGCCAGCAGAGUGGACGUUAACAACAGCAACAACAAAUCGAUGAUAGUUUGCCCGCGACAACAGGAAUGCAACCAACAACAAGUAGCAACGCGAGACCGUGGCGGCGGCAGCGUAGCUACAACAACAGCAACACAACAACUGGCGGUGCCAAGAGUCAGUUCUAGCGGCGCAAGGUUCACUAUUUAGUUCACCUCUAGUGUAUCAAGUUAAGGCUGAGCUCAUUUUUAACAAAGUUAAGGCGCAACAACAACAAAAUUAUAAAACAAAAAACACAACAAUAGCAAAAGUAAAUGCACGAACGACCCUCACUUUUGUCUGUCUGUCUGUUGUACACACACACAUACAUAUACACAGCAAAAUGUAUGAACUAAUGCAAACAAACGCAUGAACACCUGUAAAGCUCUGAACCACUACAUGCAUACAUACAAAAAAAAUACUAAAAAAAAUCCACAUAGUAAUCCAAAAACAAAAAAAUGAAACAAAAACAACACACAUAUAAAAGCAAAAAAGCACACGCUGAAAGAGUGCAUAUAAAAACGAUAGAAAAUAUUAAAGUAAGAAUCGUUGGCAACAACAACAGUGUGGCGCGCCUUCGCUGCGCGCCUGCUGCGCUCGUUCUGUACACUGUGUAACAAAGCGCCAGCAUGCAAAUUGAAAUUAAAUGCGAA